AUGAUACGCAACGGUUUGAAGUCAUAUCGAGUCUGCAGGCGGCGGGUGCGCGACGCGCUCAGUGCCCGCGACUACUACGGAGCCAUCCAGAUGCUGAUUGCCAUUGCCUAUGUGCUGGGCAUUACACCGUGUGUGGUGACUCGCAACGCCCAGGGGGAUGCCACGAUGCAGCAGUCCUGGUACGGAUUUGUCAACGCCCUCUCCCGGUGGCUGCUGCUCGCCUACUGCUACACGCACAUCAAUCUCCACAACGAGAGCCUAAUUGGCUACUUCAUGCGGAAUCGGAUCUCACAGUUCAGCACACGGAUGCAUGACAUUGGUGGCAUUAUGUCGGCCGUCUUCAUCUUCAUUGUGCCCCUGCUGCUGCGCCGACACCUGCAGCGAUUCAUCGAGACUGUGAUGGAGGUGGAUCUACGGCUGGACCGCCUGCGCCAACCUGUCAAUUUCAAUGCGGUCUUAGGUAUAGCCACCUUGGUCUUGAGCUUGGUCGCACUGCUGGACAGCAUCAUAAUUGUCACCUGUCUGGUGUGCCUGGCCCAGAUGGAGGUGCGCGCCUCCUGGCAGCUGACCUUCAUCCUGGUCUACGAGCUCGUCGCCGUAUCCAUCACAAUUGUUCUGUUUUGUUUAAUCACGCGUACGGUUCAACGUCGCUUGAACUAUUUGCAUAGGGUGCUGAAGAACCUCUCCCAUCAGUGGGACUCUCGCAGCCUGAAGGCAGUGGCCCAGAAGCAACGUUCUCUGCAGUGUCUCGACUCCUUUUCCAUGUACACAAUUGUGACCAAGGACCCGGCAGAGAUAAUACAGGAAUCCAUGGAGAUACAUCACUUGAUAUGCGAAGCUGCCGCCACGGCCAACAAAUACUUCACCUAUCAACUGCUGACGAUCAUAUCCAUUGCCUUUCUGAUCAUUGUUUUCGAUGCGUACUAUGUGCUGGAGACACUGCUGGGCAAAUCGAAGCGCGAAAGCAAAUUCAAAACGGUGGAAUUUGUCACUUUCUUCUCGUGCCAAAUGAUUCUCUAUUUGAUUGCCAUCAUUUCGAUUGUGGAGGGCAGCAAUCGGGCCAUCAAGAAGAGCGAGAAAACUGGGGGCAUAGUCCAUUCGUUGAUGAACAAAACCAAAAGUCCGGAGGUCAAGGAGAAGCUACAGCAAUUUUCCAUGCAGCUACUGCACUUGAAAAUCAACUUCACAGCCGCUGGACUCUUUAAUAUCGAUAGAACUUUGUAUUUUACGAUCAGUGGCGCAUUGACCACGUAUCUCAUCAUCUUGCUGCAGUUCACAUCCAAUUCGCCCAACCAUGGCAAUGGGAAUGGGGGGAAUGGCAAUUAUUAUCCCUGUUGCGAGACCUUCAAUAAUAUAACGAAUAAUACAAAUUAAAUGUAGUUAUACUACCCAACAAUUAUGGGAGUGGAGUGAGUACGAUGGAGCCGGUGAAAUGGUAUAGAAUACGAAGUACGAGUAC